GAAUCAGGAGGGAGAACUCCGCCAGGUGCGUGAUUUCCUCGGAGGUGACAAGAAUUCAUUUCGAGGACAUCGAGGAGUACUACAAGAAAGGGCUCCCGCUGUCUGGAAAGGUGGUGAUCAAGUUGGGCUCGGGGAAACCAAUGCCAGGAGUGAAGGUCUACCUGUUCAACUCGUUCAACCCCGGGGCGCAGGAGAUCCUGGUCGACGACCAAGGAGAGGGGACCUUCUCCCUGGACACCUCCGAGUGGGAGGACGAGCUCGUGUCCCUCAUGGCCAUUUACCACCUCCAGCCCGAGGACAGCUACCACUAUCCCCGGCUCCCCAGCCACUCCCACGCCCGGCACUCGGUCAAGCGAUUCUACUCCAAGUCCAACAGCUUCCUGUCCAUCAGGAGCCGCGAGAGGGAACUGCCGUGCACGACGGAGCUGGAGGUUCCCAUCAGCUACAUCAUCAGGGUUCUGCCGGACAACAGACCCCUCAGUCUGGACGUGUUUCACUUGGUGAUGGCCCGAGGGAGGAUCGUCAGCUUUGAGAAGAGCACACACUCCAUCAAAGGCACAGAGGAGGGAAGCUUCAAACUGCAUCAACGGAUCAGCCUGGACAUGCCUCCCUUCGCCCGGAUGCUGGUCUUCACCGCGCUCCCCAACGGGGAACUGAUCGCCGACACCAUCAUGUUCAAAGUCGCAAAGUGCUUCCGCAAUCAGGUGCAGCUGCAAUUCUCCAGCCUUGACGGUCUGCCGGGCACCCCGAUCAGCAUCGACGUUCGGGCAGAGCCAGGCUCUCUGUGCGGCCUCCGUGUUGUGGAUCAGAGUGUUCUGCUCCUGAAACCGGAGAAGGAACUAACGAUAGACAGC